GCCAGACAGAUGAGUCUAGCUAUAAUUUAAAUUUAUUCUUAGUCUAUGGAAUUAAUUGAUACUGAAAGUUUGGAUUCAUAGUUUUCAAAGUUUAAUCCAAAUUUUUGCAAAUCCAAAUUGCGUUAGUAUUAAUUACAAUACGCUUACCUUCUAAUAUAUAUAAAUCACAUAAAAAAUAUGUACGUCAAGUAAAACAAUGUUGUUACACUCGUUUAUUUAAAAAAGAAAUGUGAUGGGGGUGCGAGUGCGAGGUCAUCUGAGUGAACACCCUCCCAUGGCGAGAACGAUACGAUCUGCUAGAGGCAAAGCAGCGCCGGAGGCGGGCGGCCGGGUGGCCGGGCGACCAACGGCAGUCGUGCAGACGGCCUGAGCUCGGCUUGUCGGCUGGUCACCAUUUACGUCCCGUCGCUGAAUAACUUCGAGCCUUUGACUCGCUUUACGCAUGUUCAACAUUCUAAUUUAAUUCUCACCCACCAUGGGCUGUACUAGCAGCGCUCCGAACGUCAUCGAAGCUCAUACCAAUUCUACAGAUAGAACUAUACAUUUUUUGGAGGACGAAAGUAUUAAUAAAAAUAAAGAGAAUGAAUUAAACAAAGAAAAUGGACUUUCUAAAUGUGAUAAUGUUAAUGAUGUACACUUAGAUAGAAAUAAUUUGUAUAUACAUAACGGUUCUACAACCACAGAAAAUAUAGAAGAUGACCAGAGCAAACAAGAGGAUAACAAUCAAAUGAAUCAAAACGAUACUGAUUAUCGGGAACAAGAAAAAAUAACGACUUUAAAAGAAGUCGUUGAACACGUCCUGUCUAACAAUGUUUUGGAAAAACAUGAAAACAUAGAAAAUAGUUCUUCUGAAUCGAACCUUACCCAAGUAGAAGCUAUAGAACAUGAGACUGACACUCAAGUCGAACGAAGUAAAGAUGAAACGUCUUCAGUAACCGCCCCGGAAGAGAUCAAGGAAGUAGUAGAGGAGUUAGCAAGUCCGAGUCAGUCGGAGGGCAGCCGCGCAACGCGCUGGGAGGCGCUGGCCGAUAUGGCCGCCGAGUUACCCCCGUCACUCACCGUGGACCCCAUCACCGGACAAAUUUAUGCACUCAGCAAAUGACAUAACCAUAGCAAUAUUGCAACGAUAUUUUUUAUCAUAGAUUAUUUAAAAAAGUAUUUUUACUUUAGCUUUAUAAAAUAAAUACAAAAUCGUUAUAACUCUUAAUCUGUUUUCUUAACUACGUUUAAUUUGGUCUAUAAUACGUAUAAGUUAAAUAGACCGGUGGUUCUAACAGAUCCGUGUUUAUAAUUAGAAACCUUGAAAAACUUAAGAUUAUAUUUCGGAAACGGACCUGGUUUUGGUGACAAAUACUAAAAGUUUGAUUGGUCAUUUGAUUAUCUCUCUAUAUUUAUGCCACUCACCAAGAAUCGCACACCAGGUUUUCGUCCAGAUCCAUCUAUCACUCCUCAUCUCAGUCCUCCCUUCUUCCUAGAUUAUGUUACCUCUCACGCAAUCCAUCCAUCUCUUCAUGGGCCUACUACUGCCGUGUAUCCUUAUGGACAUUAAGACUUUCUAAUAGCCUUUUUAAAAUAGAAAUAAAUAGUCUACUAUUGUAUCUAACGUUCUAGGUCUAGGUCAAGGACAAGGCGUGAGUUUUAAAUAUAUUCCAUAAGUUUAUAUGUGAGAGGUAAUUGUUGUAUUCACAACAAUUAUCGCUAUUAUGUAAACAAAACGUAAGUAGAAAAUUGAUGACGCUACAGUUCCCCUUUUUAGAAUUUGUAUAAGCAAACAAAACCAAAACUAUAAUCCAUUUUGACAAUCAAUCAUUCUCAUUUAACCUUUUUAAAAAAAAAGCCUCAACUUAUUU